GACCUCCUACUCAACAACUGACACAGCAGGGAUUGGCCGACAUGCCUCAUCCAGGCCGUCGGGUGCCGCUGUACCGGGAGCAGGCGCGGAUUCAACAGGGCUUCUCCUUCCCGGCUAGGGCGGUUGUUAGGGCUGGGAUGGCGCCGGGCAGCGGCUCCCAGAGGCCGUAGGCCGCUCGGCCGUGUGCUGCGUUGGACCGGCUGCUCUGCGCGGCGCGAUGGCCAUGAACGAGGCGAGCCUGGAGGCGGCGAUCGAACUGUACAAGGCGCAGCUGCAGCAGGUGGAGGCGGCGCUGGGGGCUGAGAACCAGCCCGAGGCCGACGCCGAGGCCCAGUCCGACCUGCUUCAGCUCCAAGCGGACCUGCAGCAGCUGAUCGCGCUCACCGAGUCCAGCCUCCUCUCGGUCCGCAAGAGCCAGCUGCUGGAGCAGCUGCACCGAGCGGCCUCCCCAAUGCCCGAGCCCGGAGAAGGAGCUCAGCUGGACGCGGAAUACGCCGCUUUUCGGGCGGCUCUGGCCGGGCAGACUGAUGGCGAGGCGGCGGAGAGGAACCAGGAGCCCGAGGCUGGUGACGAGGAGCCGGAGGAGGCCGAGGAAGAGAUCGGCGGCACCAAGGUGCGGGCUCCCUACCGCACGCCGUGGGGGCCGCUGCAAUAUCACAACGCCAUGAUCGUGGGCAUCGAGAGCGACGAGCCACCGGAGCCCACCGUCCGUGUCCUGUGGAUCCACCCGACCCAGCGCGCCAUGAAGCCGUGCCCCUUCUAUCUCUCCGGGACCUGCCGCUUCCAGAACUCCUGCAGAUACUCGCAUGGAGAGGUCGUGGCUAUGUCUGAACUGCGGGGAUUUGAAGAACUGGACCUCAGUUCACUUGAGGUGGGGUCAUCCUGUUUAGCUAAAUUUGAAGAUGAGAUUUGGUAUCCAGCUAAAAUCCAAGAUAUAGAUAAUGGUUACUUUACAGUAAAAUUUGAUUCCUUGCUUCAGAAAGAAAUGGUAGUGGAAGGGGAUGGGAUUAUGCCAGUUCAUCAGACUGACGAGUCGUCUUCAUCAUCUAGCUCUGAGGAUGAGGGUCAGCUUGGUUAUGCUAAAGUUUUGGAUUCAAAAUCUGGGGGGAUAGAAAGUUGGACUGCAGCUUCCAGCUCUUCAUUUGCUGGUUGGGAAGCCCAUACUCGAGGCAUGGGAUCCAAACUAAUGAUUAAGAUGGGUUAUGAAUUUGGCAAAGGUUUAGGAAAGAAUGCGGAAGGUCGACUGGAGCCUGUACAUGCAGUGGUUUUACCACCAGGGAAGUCCCUGGAUCAAUGCACUGAAAUCCUGCAAAAGAAGAGAGAAAGAAAACUGAACCACCUUCAUCAAAAGAAACACAAGAGGAAAGGUCAAGGGGGCUCGUGUGUUAAAGAGAGAAAACCUCGCCAGACUGUGUUUGAUUUUUUGAAUGAUAAACUUCAAAGUACUGGGCAAACCAGCAGCUCAUCAGUUCAAACUGAAAUUCCUAAAAGAGAGAAAAACAGCAAAGAAUGUUACAGGGCCAGCAAAAGUAUGAAGAAAACUUUAAAUAUCCAGCUUUUUCAGAUAAUGCAAAAGAUAGACCAUACAGAAAAGGACAUUGCAAAAAUUAUGGAAGCACUUGCAAGAAAUGUUGGAAGAGACAAGGCAGUAACUUCUCAUCUGGAAGAGAAGUUGUCUAAUGCAAGGAAGCAGUUAUCCUAUCUAAAGUCUCAGGAAUCUGGGGCUCAGCGUGAACAAAAGAAAGCAGACACGCACAAGAUGAUGACCAAAUUCUGACUUUUAAUCCUACAGUGCUCUUUGUUCAGUUUUGCAGUGUACCAAUUUGUGCAUUUUCUUCUGUAAAAUAUACUGUGUACAAUGAAAUUAAUGUGUAAAAAUAGUUCUUAGUGUUUGUGUUAUUAGGUAUGUCUUUUUGAAGGUUUUGCAGAGAACUAAUAAUGAAACUUUUUUCAUUAGAAGAAACUUGAUAUGAGUACCCAAACGUCACAAUUGCUCUACUAACUUUUUAAAAACUCAACAGUAAUAUUGUUUUGGUCUUGUAAAUUGUAAGCUCGCAGUUAUGUAAAACUGUUUUCACCUGUGAUUUUGCAUAAUUUAAGAACAUGGAGCUAAACUCAAGAAGCAUUGAAUUGUUGUGAUCAAACUCCAGGAAUAACAGGGUAACAUACUUUUGUUUGAAAGAGAUUUUCAGUUUUCAUGUGUUGACAGACUGAAAAUUCAUUUGCACUGUCAUUUCAAAUAUCAACUGAAACGAUUGUGAUCCUUGGAUUCAACCUUGCCAUAUGAGGAGCUUCGACACCAACCACUUAAGCAUUAGAGUAGAUCCUGAAACUCUGCAGCUGUUUGGAUAAUAUGGACCUUGUUUAUUUCUAGGUUAUUUGAUAACGUACUCAUUAAAAACUUGAAGCACCAUCUGCAGGUAAUACAGCAGAAGAACUCCGCAUUAAAAGUACUAUGGGUGUGAACUGGAAGAUAUUACACAGGUGAAAUGAGAUUAUUGAGAAAUUUGAUGAUUUUUGAAGCAGCAUUUGUGAUGAACAGCAGUGAGCAUGUACGGACCAGUGAAUAAGUACAAAUUAGUGUGGCCAAGUUCAGGGCAAUAAAUGUGUGAGACAAGCAAGGGCAGUAAUGUUUAUGGAAGGAGGAGGCUGACAAGAAAAGUUUAAUGUGGCAAUGGUUAGAAUAAACACAAGGUAAUUUAUUGAUAUAGCUGAAUGAAAUGCACAGGAACUCAAAUUGUUUUCUGCUGAACAGAUGGUUUUGCAUUUUAGAGUCUGAUCUUGUGUCAAGGAAUAAAUGAAAACAAAAUGGAGAAAAUGUGA